AUGACCUCGGUGUUGCUUCUCCAAGAGAUUGUCACACCAGAACCUGGAAUUCAGUACCACGUCACCAAACACUGGCACAUCAUAUACGGGCGCCAAGCCAAUGAGUGGCGAGGAGAGGGCAUAGCCUAUCAAAGUGACCUCGGGGCACAUGAGCGCUCUUGUUGCGUGCCCGGGGGCGUUGCUACCUCCCUCGUGCUGGAACGAGGCAAAGUUGGGCUACUAAGCGGACACAUACCGCACCACGCCACAGUGCAACAGGUCGACAACAUGAUCCAUGAGUGGGGCGAGACAGCCACCUUCAAGCACCAGCGUCUUAUCCUUGGCAUGGACGCUAACGAGACCCUCGCCAUGGCAUCGGGGCGACUGGUAGCAGCCACUGGCCAAGGCAACACCGUACUACAAUGGAUGGUGGAAGAGAACCUCUACCUUCCCGACCAAGUCCUGAGCAGUCCCAGCCACUUCCCAUACAACACCGAGCACAAGCCGAGGAGAAUCGACUACAUCCUGCUCCGGGGGGCCCAUGCACAGCCUGGCAAAGUCCUUCAGGCCAGGGACAUGGCCCUCAGCGACCACGAGCCGAUCGCGAUGAGCGUCUACAUGCCGGACAAAAGACACAAGCAGAGUGACCAGGCGCCAACAUGGGGUGCCAAACAGCUGCUCCACCCUGAGGACGUGGCCAAGGCACUGGACCAGGACCCUAAGCAAGGCGACCCGUACCACAUCCGCGACAAGGCUUCCGGGGGGCCGGAGCGCAGAGCGGCCUGGAAAGCGGUCCACAAACAACGCCGCACCGAGAAGCGCGACUAUGAGUCCAAACUCGCUGCGGAGGCCAGCCAGCUAGAUUGGCACGCAUUCAAGAAGCUGAAGCAGCUGCACCCGGCAACCGGGUGGGAGGAAAAAUUGCUUGACGACCCCGACUGGGAACAAGAGAAAAUACGACACGUUCGGGGCGAGCUCACCAGACACUGCAAGCGACGUCGCUGGCACCCCUUCACCCUUGACGAGCUCACGACCACAGCAGAAAGGUGGAAGCCGCGGAAAAGCACGGGGAUCGAUGGAGUCGCAUAUGAAAGCUUCAAGGCCAUGCUCCGUGCUCCUUCGCCGAAGUGGGCCUGGUACGUCUUGUCCCUGAUCAACGACUGCUUUUACAAGGCCAACAUCCCUGAGGCAGUGGGGCGCGGGGCGACGAUACUGCUCCCUAAGGAGCACGUCCCCAGCACCUGGGCGGCGACGAGACCGAUCACGCUGAGCAACACCCUACUUCGUUGGAUGGCUCAGCUCCUGCUACACAGAUGCCAACCCUACCUGGACCUCCACUGCUACUACCAGUACUGCUCUACGGGGCGGCAAGCACAAGAACUCAUCCUUGCCUUACGCCGCCUGAUGCGUAUGGCAAAGGACUGGGGCGUCAAGCUUUGGCUGGUAAAAGUGGACGUCCGCAAGGCCUUCGACAGCAUCGCCCAAGAUGCUCUCGCUGUCAUGGUCCGAGACUCCGUUGCCAAACGGGGCGGAUUGGUGUGGGAGAGCCGCAUGUGGCUAGAAAUCCUCGAAGCGAAGGCCAUCGACAUCUACAUCGGCAAGUCCCUUGUCUCCGUGACCCAGACGAACGGAGUGAGACAAGGGAGUCCGGACAGUGCAGUGCUCUACUCGGCGUCGAUAGGUGAGACCCUCCAAGACCUCCACGACAACGUGCCACUGGGCGAGGCGGGGCGAGCAGACCUUCCACAAUGCCCCUCCCAAGGGGCGGGAUACAUGGAUGACACAUACCUGUGGUCAGAGAACGCCAAAGCAAUGCAGAGAGCCAUCACCUACCUCGAGGAGAAGUUGGGAAAAAAGGGCAAUGUGGUCAACGUCGUCAAAACACAAAUCCUCUGCAGCGAGCCGGACGACACUGAGUUUUGCAUCGGUGGUCAAAAAGUAAAAGCAGGCGGGGCGACAGACAUCAUGAACGCGCUGGGGUCGCCCCUGACCUUUGAGAAGAGUGGAGUUACCGCGCUCACGGCGGACCUGCAAGCCCGGGGCAGGCGCGCCUUCCAUGCGCACCGCAGACUGCUCUGUGCGAGGACCCCACUCGAGAACCGCAUGAAAAUGCUGACCACCUUGGUCAGAAACUCUGCGACUUGGGGCUGCGCUACCUGGCCCAAUAACGCCGCCCUCCUUCGUGCGGCCAACGCAUGCCAACUCGGAUGUGUGCGCGCCAUGAUUGGCACCAAGCGGGGCGCUACAGAAUCAUGGGCGGAGUGGCAAGUGCGCACGAUGAGAAUGGCAAGGGUGGCGCUCUUCAACAGCAGGCAGGAGCGAUGGUCUACCUAUGCACUUCGGCAAAUGUGGAAGCUACAUGGACAUGCUGCUAGACACCCGGGGCCCACCAAAGACCUGCUCCUUUGGCGCAACUUGAAGUGGUGGAAAGAAGUUGCCGAACCAGCGGGGUGCAAACAUGGCGGCCGAUUCAACAGCUCUGUCGACAUAGAGCGGAGCAUCUCCCGCAUCGGGGGAUACGACUGGGUGGACCUAGCACAAGACCGCGACCAGUGGCAAGCCCUCCAGGACAGCUUUGUGGAAGAGUUUGAUCUUCCCUGGGCCAGCGGAAGGCAACCUGCCAUCGCCAACUUAACUCAGAUCCGCAGCUUCAAACCGAAGUCACAGCCCAAACCCACAGCAGCACUCACGGACAGCGUGGCGAGCGGGCGAAUGACCCCCGGAAUCCCUGCCGGGGCGAGUGCCAGUGACAGCCAGAGCUCGUCCGCCAGCGCCAAAAGUUGA